UAUGCGUUGCAUUGCUGUCGAAAAUGGCGUCGGGCUCGGAGCUGCCAGAAUAUUCGUCCCCAGCAAAACGACGAAAAGUCGACGGCAACGGUUACAUCGGUACCAGCACCACGAAACCUGAUUUCCAAGAUUGUGAGACGUCGCAUGAUACUCGGAACGAAGAUCUCGAAGAAACAUAUGGAGGAGAUAGCGGAUUCAAUGAAUUGAGCGACGAAUCCAAAUCGACUUCAGUUUCUCCAGAUGCUACAAACUUGACAACAACUCCAUCUAGAAUUGAUUCCACCGGCGAUGACACUGGUUGUCCAAUCGAUAUUGCAGAUGAAAAAGACGAAGUGUCGUCAACAGUUUCAAAUUUAUCCGAUUUAUCUGGACUAUCUGACUUUUCUGGCGAAGGAGAGGUCAAUCAUCAAUGGAGAAAUGCAUCUUCAUGGGUUCAAAAGCAAAUGUUGAUAGGUGCUGAUCCUCGAGAUCUCCUGCAUCAUCUCCUUAUGGAUUCUACUCAGAUUCCAGAGCAGGUCGACGACUUGACUCUUUGGAAGAUUAUAGUAAAUGUGAUGUCUGAACCACCGCGUCGUCAGAAGUUGAGGCAUAUAAAUACUUUGUCGGAUGUAGUCAGAUUAAUACGUAAUAGUAAAAGAAUUAUAGUCUUAACCGGAGCGGGUGUAAGUGUCAGUUGUGGCAUACCAGACUUCAGAAGUAGAGACGGUAUCUACUCCAGACUGGCUCAGGAUUUUCCAGAUUUACCCGAUCCACAGGCUAUGUUCGAUAUUAAUUACUUUGGUCAAGAUCCAAGACCGUUUUAUAAAUUCGCGCGAGAAAUUUAUCCUGGACAGUUCAAACCCAGUCCUUGCCACAGGUUUAUUAAAAUGCUCGAUAAACAGAAGAAGCUUCUAAGAAAUUAUUCGCAAAACAUCGAUACGCUUGAACAAGUAGCGGGCAUUGAAAAUGUGAUCGAAUGUCAUGGCUCCUUUGCCACUGCAUCGUGCACGAGGUGUAAAUAUCAAGUGAAAGCCGACGAUAUCAGGGAAGACAUUUUCGCUCAAAGGAUACCAUUGUGUCCAAAAUGCAGAGUUAACAUUUUGCCACCUAUAUCGGAGAUUAAUCCUAAUGAAAGUUACAGAGAUUUGGUGACGCAGGGCAUAAUGAAACCAGAUAUCGUUUUCUUUGGGGAAGGACUUCCGGAUGCUUUUCACGAUGCGAUGUCAAAAGACAAAGAUGACUGUGACCUUUUAAUCGUGAUCGGAUCAUCGUUGAAAGUCCGGCCGGUAGCAUUAAUUCCUUCCUCUAUUCCGUCUCAUGUUCCACAAAUUCUAAUUAAUCGCGAAUCGUUACCGCAUCUAAAGUUUGACGUUGAACUGUUGGGAGAUGGUGACAUUGUUAUAAAUCAAUUGUGUCAGUUAAUGGGGGACAACUAUAAGGAAGUAUGUUGGAACGACAUGAUUCUUAAAGAAGCAACGCAACUUCUACCGAUACGUUAUUUGUCGGAUGAUACUUGGGAGCAAAGUCAAGACACAACAACGAAUACCGUGUUAACACGAGACAGUGUUGAAACUGAUUUCAAACCACACGACUCGUGCUCUGUUGAAAGUCAAGACAGUCUUAUGGUUAACAACGGUAGUGGUGUCCAACAACGCGCUGAGUGUAUAAACGUGUGCAUUUCACCCUACCGCAACGAUCAUCAUGUUAAUAAUACAGAUGAGAGGUUCAGUCUCUUGGGAGACAGUCCGAAGAGAAGAUUGGGCGAGUCGAGUGCUGAAAGCAGUCCGAAAAGAAUGAACUUUGGUAGCAGUUCUACAUUAGACUUUAACUCAUCCUCUUCGAUAACCGAGACCUCCGAUUGCUCGACCGAUUACAAAAUUCAUGUUGUGUCGGUGGAAUCUACCUCAAAAAACAAUGGAAAAGUUUAUAAUUUAGAGGAGUGUCAAGUAUUUCCAAGAAUAAUCGAAUUUUCCUCGGAAAGUACGAUUUUAGAUUCUACGUUGAAAUCGAAUCGUUGUAUGGAAAAUACGGUAGUGUCCGACAUGAGCGACGAUCGUACAACAGUAGCCACCACUGGAAUUGAUAAAAUUAAUUUUAAACCAAGGCAAGCGUCUAUCGAUUCUGCGUUGGAUUCUGGAAUAGGAGAUAGUUGUAACAGCGUCGAUAGUCGAGAGGGGAAAAACGACAAAGACGAAUUAAAAAAUGGGAGACUAGAAAGACACUGUUGGCAGACUAAAGUACGAGAAAGCAUUGCUACGAGAUUGCCAGAAAACUCGUACUACCAACUAACACCUGGAAAGUAUAUUUUCCCUGGUGCAGAAAUAUAUUCAGAUCCCGAGGAUUACGAUCAAUGUUCCCUUUCAAUAAAUUCUGAAAGUUCAGAGAGCGACAGCGAUUCUUCGUCUGCGGUGGAAGAAGAAGAGGAAGAGGAGGAGGAGGAGGAGGAGGAGGAAGAGGAGGAGGAGGAGGAGGAGGAGGAGGAGGAGGAGGAGGAGGAGGAGGAGGAGGAGGAGGAGGAGGAGGAGGAGGAGGAGGAGGAGGAGGAGGAGGAGGAGGAGGAAGAAGAAGAUGAGGAAGACGAGGACGACGAAGAGGAGGUUGAACAGCAAAGUGAAAUAAAUAAAAAUGAUAAGCUAGAAGAAACAAGCCAGGGUAAGAAGUUGUUUCAAAGUACGAGCGUCAAAGCUGAUACCAAUAUCGAUGGCGAAGAGAUUAAGUGGACAACAAGUAGUAUUUACAGUGGUGUAUAAGGUUAAUGGAAAACUGCAUUUAAGAAGUGACAACAUUGAUUUUUGUUACUCUGAAUCCAAGUUGGAAGUUGGAUGAAAGAAACGACAAAUAGUUGGAAAAGAGUGCAAUUCUUACCAGUUAACACGCGUGUAAACACGCCUCGCGCAAAGGUACGGAUGUUUGCUUUCCCAUAGGGCUUAUGCUUUUUUAAUGGGAUCUGUUUAUGAAGGAAUAGAAGGAAGUUGUUAAACAAUUUCUCGAGUAAGCAACGCGUUUUGUUACAAAGCACAAGACAUUCAAACUUACUAUGAUUUUCUGUUUCGUAGCAACAGUAGAAGUAACGUUGAUUUAAACUUUUUAUCAAAUUUAAAAUAUAUCUUUAAGAAAGAUGCUUCUAGAUGUGAAAAUGUGUCGUUGUAAACGAAGCAAUAAGUUCUGUAUCUUCUAAUUUAUACAUUUUUAGAAUGCACAAAUUGAGUAGUAUUUUCAUCGAUGUUAUCGAUUCGCGUAGUUGAAUACAAGUACUUUCGAGAUACGUAUCGGUUGGUAGAAGCCCCGGCGAAUAACGCGGAAACAUUAAAAUUCGUUCUGCUUCGUAAAUCUACUUUACGAACUGUCGGGAUGGUUUUAAGUAAACGUCUAUUGAUUUGAGAAAUUGUUUCCCUGUGAAAGUGUCCAAAGAGUAAUAAUUUACCCAAAAUUUGCAAGAAUGCAUUUCAAAAGAGAUAUUUGAUAUGUCUAGCAAAUUAACGUUAUUAAAAAAGAAGCAUUCGUUAUGAGAUAGUGAUGUAAUAUAUCUUUAGCUUCGACAGGCUCGUAAUGGAUCGAAUGCAAUUAAAACCGAACCAUGACUUCUAUUCGCGUACCAUAUGAUGGCCAUCUUUUCGUUCAUCUAUUAUUAGAAACUAAUCUAGUGUUUUAUGAACGAACAUUUACAUGAGACGACGGUGCCCUCCCUAUUCGUUCGUUCAUAAUAAAGAAACAACGUUCAAAAAAACAAACAAAAAAACACAAAAAAAAAUACAAAAAAAAAACAAAAAUUAAUUUUAUCAUAAAUUGUAAAUACUCUAUCGGGAGAAGUAGAUUAGUUAUUCAGAAUAUCGUGCAAUUGUAGAAAAUCAAGAAAUUUAGAAAUAUUAGUACUUUCGAAGAAAACGCAUAUAAAUUGCGCAAAAAAUCGAAUACACAACAAAAUGACGAAUGUUCUCGCGGGUGUAAUAAACGGUCGUGAAAAGUGAUUUUUUCUCAAUUCGGAAUAUUUUCCAGAUUUGUUCGUCAAUGCGCACGCGCAUGUAAUGUUGAUUUUUUAUAGAAAAGAAAAAAUCAAGCAUUUAACGAAUCGUCCCGAAAGAAAGUAACGGUAAACGAGUUUAAUAUUUCUCUUGUAGUAGAAGGAAAAUGUAAAAAAAUGAAAAAUUGCAAGAUUAAUUAGUAUUGAUUUCAAUGCUAUAGUACAACUUGUCCUGAUCGUUGUCGCUCUUACUUGUACUACUAUAACUAAAUACUACAACUGUCGUUAGUCCUUUCACUGUUACAUCUACUGCUACAAAAUCACUUCUUACUUAUUAAUAAUUAUUUAUGUUUUUGUAAAUUAUUGCCUAAGUUGGAAGGUAAAAGAGAAUCCUAGAUAAUCGAGAAUCAUGUAUUUUUAAGUAGUUUAUUUGAUAACGUAAGAAGAGAUGAAUAGAAAGUGUUAAUUCUGUCACGAUACUUGUUAAAAGUAUAUCGUUGCGUUCAGAGCAGCAUUGAACGAACGAACGUAGAUGUAAGUACGUACUACGACGAUGUAUACGUGUAAAUCGUAUUUUCAAGAAUACGAGAACAGGUGCUUGCUCUGUGUAUCAAAAAACGAAUUCUUAUUAGGAGUGAAAUAUUUCGAUCACAGUGACAGAUGUCGACGAAGAUGAGAAACAAUCUAGAUGUAGUUUUAAGUUUUAGCAAUAGAUUUCAGUACCCCGGGGCAGAAUUAGUCGCAAUGGUUUCGCACUGAAUGUUUUUUUUUUUAGAUUCGGUUUCUUUUUAUUGGAGCACGGGCGAAUGUACAAAGCAAUGUUGGAUAGCUUGGCAUUGCGUGUUAUUUUUAUAUGAACGAGAGAAGGUAGAAUAGUAAACGUAAACAGGAUUAAACGCAAGAAACCAGGAAAAUGCGACGAUAUAUUCGAGAAAUCGCGUGGCGAAUAUAACCCGCGAUCACGCGUCUCGAAGCUUAUUGUCGUGAAUAUUUCUAAGGAACGAAACGGUUGUGUGAAAAUUUAUUAUAAUUACUAGCAUGAUAAUUAUUUACUACACCUUGUGUGUAAUGUCUGAAACGCGCGCGUCGACGCGACGUGUAGGUCCGUGCACAUGUACAUACCAUAUGUAUGCAUAUGCAUAAACGAUAAACGUGAAUAAAUGGCGCAGCGAAACGAACGAGAUUAUCAGAGACCGCCACAGAAUAACUAAACGUUUCUGAUAUGUGUAUAUAAACAUACAUACAUACAUACAUACAUACAUACAUAUAUAUUUCCAAUACAUGGCAUGAAGCUUUAUUUUCUAUUAGCAGGCCAUGUAAAAGAAAAAGUAACGGAGGAACAAUGAGAAAAUUGAACUCGGUUAAAACGUCCUGAACGAUUAAAGAGAGAGAAAGAACGAUGAGGACUCGCUAGAGGCUUGAAGAGAAUAAAUAAAAUCAGUAAUUUGGUUCCUCGCGGAUACAAGUCAGUUUUAUAAGAUUUAGAAAGUUUAUCUUCUGCUAUUGUACAAAUGGCUUUAUUUAUCAUUGUUUGCAAAUCGAUACGCAAGUGGUACGGAUUAGAAUUUAUUUUUUAAAGCCUCCAUUCUGUGUUUAUUUAUUUGAGGUCUAUAUAGAUAACUAAUAAAUAGAUAGAUAGGUAAAUAGAUACAUAGAUAGAUAGAUAGAUAGAUAGAUAGAUAGAUAUGCGAAUGAGAGAAUAAAGGAAUGAAUGAACGAAUAUAAGAUAUGCAUACUAUACGUACAUAGGUGUCGUAUAUUACACGCGUGUAUGCAUAUGUGCAAAUAUCCGCGUGCCCAAAUAUACAUAUAUACAUAUACAUAUAUGAAUACAUGAAUAUAAAACUAUGUACGUAUAUAUAUAUAUAUAUAUAUAUAUUUGAAUGUAUGUAUACAUGUAAAAUGUAUAAAAAGUUGGUUUUAAUUGGCUUUUAAAAAUUAUUCAAAAUAUUUCUCUCUCUCUCUUUCUCUCUUUCUCUCUUUCUCGCUGUUGAUCGACUAGACGCACGAAGAGAAGUUGCGUUAUGUACAUAUUUUUUUGUCGAGUAUACGAUACUAUUGGAUUUAUAUUGCAAAAUCUAUUCUGAAUUCUAUUUAAGCAUUUACUUAUUUUCUCGGUUACUUAACAGAUAGUAUUAAUUAAAAAGUGCUUUAAAUUGUAUUUGCUCCUUGUUUAGGUGGUGUUAAAUUGAUAUACAUAUGUAGACAUACAAGUUUUAUAAUAACGCUAUUAUUUUCUACAGCCAGUGCGUAGUUUAUCGUGCGCACAGUCGAUUCAGAGAGAAGCAUUAACUUGCAAAGAUUUGACAAUCAUGCCAACUUUUUUUCCACAGUACUGACUUUUUGUAUAAAUGCGUCACAUGUAAAUAUUUAUUACUUUUACUUGUAUAAUGAAUCGUAAAUUUCUAUCGUUUCGGCUGAACAGUGAAGAACUUUCAAUGUCCCGUUCUCCUCUUUUUUUCCUUUGCGCUUCAAGAUAAACGCGUCUCUUUGCAUAUCGCUUAGGCGUCAACCAAAAUACACGAUUUAACGAUUAUCAGAACGGAAGAUCUUUUCAUCGUUUAGCCGACACGAAAGAACGAGGUGCAGAAGCUCUUAAUUUUUUUUAUAAUUUGUUAUUUAAUGUAAUGAAUGUUAUAAAAAUGUUCUCUAUUUCAGACGUUAUAAGUUUUCUGUUUCUUUGGUAUUAUUAAUGUGUAAGUUUAUCUCCUAAAUUAAACAUUUUCUAUGAUA